AUGAGUAAAAGUUCUAGCGAACAUGCCACUAGAACUGAUAAUUCGUCAGGGUUGGUGGUGGGGCCUCGUGUAUUAGAAAAGUUAACAGCAGGUAGUAUAUUAUUAGUUGGAGUACACAGGGUUGAGAUAAUAGAGUAUCUUGCUGAGGGUGGAUUUGCGCAUAUUUACAAGGUGUCAUUUAUUGAAUAUACAAAUGAAUUGGAUAGGCACCAUUCUGUUCUACAAAGGGGGGAUAUUGCAUGUUUGAAGAGGGUUCAAGUGAAUGAUGAGAACGGCUUAAAUGAGUUGAGGAAUGAGGUUGAGGUUAUGAAGAAACUUAAAGGCUGUGGUAACGUGGUGCAGUAUUAUGAUUCCAAUGCGUCCCGUCAUACAGAUGGUACGCCUGGGUUUGAAGUUUUGUUAUUAAUGGAAUUAUGUUCGAAUGGAUCGUUGUUGGACUAUAUGAAUCAAAGGUUGGCAACGAAGUUAUCUGAACGAGAGGUGCUAAAAAUCAUGUACGAUAUUACUAAGGGUAUUUCGCAUAUGCAUUUUUUGCGUACGCCGUUAAUUCAUAGGGACAUUAAAAUUGAAAAUGUGCUUGUGGAUUCAGCGAACAACUUUAAACUUUGUGAUUUUGGUUCCACUUCCACGUGUCUUCCGGCAGUCAGCACUCACCAGGAAAUUGCGAUGCUAACAAACAACAUUUAUGUUCAUACCACACCACAGUAUAGAUCACCUGAAAUGAUUGAUCUAUAUCGCUGUUUGGCCAUUAAUGAGAAGUCUGAUAUAUGGGCUUUGGGUAUCUUCCUCUACAAGCUUCUAUUCUAUACCACUCCAUUUGAAUUAACUGGUCAAUUCGCCAUCUUGCAUUCGAAAUAUGAUAUUCCUCAAAACAACUUUUCGUCAAAACUAAUUAAUUUGAUCAUAGUUAUGUUGGCGGAAAAUCCCUAUAUUCGUCCUAACAUUUAUCAGAUCCUUUAUCAUAUUUGUUCUAUAAUGGAAUGUGAUGUUCCUAUAGAAGACCACUAUGGACAAGGUCCAUAUGACUUUAACAAGUAUGCUCGGUACCAGGAACGGCUACAAAGGUUGCAAUACGAAAUUUUGGUUAAUCAACAAAAUGCAUACAGAGGUGGCAGUUAUAUUGAUAAGUUGAAUAACCAGUUUGUUGAGAACUUUGAGGUUGCACCUAGACAACCGAUAAGUAUGGCUCAGGGCCCUUUGCCUUCUAUCCAUGGACAUGUUAAUACUGCGCCUACAGUGUCAUCCGCCCCGGUACUGCAACAGUUUCCGUUGAACCAGGGAACAUCAGAGACAAACUCUUCCGAUAUUUUAAAGGGAAGAAUUGAUGAAUAUAAGGACUCUAACCAAAGAUCAUGGCCGAUUUCAGGAGACGGGACACCCUUCAUGGGUUCUGCAAAGGCAGGCAACUUAGAACACCCUAUGGUGCAUAUGCAGGUGGCAAAGCAGGAAGUUCCCACACAGCAUACAGAUCAUUCAGAUCUCUCUGAGUCUUUGUGCACGCCUUCCGAUAUCUCAACGCCGGCUACAGGUACUGGUGCACCAUUUCCUAUGGAACCAAGCAACAACGUACCAAAGACUACGAAGCAAUAUAAAAGCAACAAUCCGUUCCCUAAAAUGGCUAAGCAAGAGUUUGUUCCUGAAAUGUUCCAAAACGAAAAGGAUGAAUCGUUUAUUCGGAAGGACCCAUCCUCUGUUAGUAUUUCUCAGCGGGCGGAUUCUUUAAAGUCUAUCGCACCAAUUGCAGUCCCCAAUUUACCUGCUGUUGCUACACAGCAGAACCAGCAGAAACUGUCUCAUGCAACCCAACCACGACAACUAUCAUCUGAACCACAACAUAUUCAACGGUCAGCAUACCCAAUAUAUUAUAAUGGCCAAUCCGCAGUUUUGCCAUAUCCGUAUUAUGGUGAAAAUUCUUUACAACCCUCUCAAAUUAUACUCGGGCAGCAGCAGCAGCAACAGAAUGAGCAACCUUCACAGAAAUUACAACAAACUCAGCAGCAAAUAAAGCCAAUAAACACUCAAAACUCACAAAAUAUACAGUCUCAAAAUCAGCACACUAUUACUCCACUGUCUCGUAUUACAACAGAGGUUAUAAAAGAUAAAGAAUUAGUACCAUUUGAGUCCCCAGAAAAACCCAAAGACCACCAAUUGGAUCUUACAUACAACCAAGUGAACCUGUCACAUAACAGUCAGGAUUCAAGCCCUAGAGAGCAUGAUGAUGGUAGUUUAGCAUCUGAUGAACCUGCCAGUAGCGUGUUAACGAGCGAAAGUAUCAUCAUUGAAUUGUCUCAGAAGGACGAUCCAACAUCCAAUGGGAGCAAUGAAAUCGCAAGGUCGGUUAAAAAAAAUGAUGUUAACAUUCAAAGUAAACAUAUCUAUCCAAAAAAAGAUGAACAAAUCUCAACACGGCCGGUGAGACGUUCUUUAGAGCUAGACUUUCAGGAAAUUGACUUGUCUGCCUCUCCAUCACCGGGACCAAUUUCCAAAGUGACUUCCAAACUCCCUCCCUCCAACCCGACCAGCAGCUCUGUGGGUAUGAAUUCCAACUGUUCUACAGGAGUUCGCAAGUCGUUUCAAAGACCAAAGAAGUCUUUAGAUAUGGACAGUGUGAAGAAGGAUUCAAAGGACGAGUCCUCGUCUGCACCAUCAAAAAGACGAUCGCUAUUCGGUGUGUUUAAAACGUAA